AUGGCCAACGGCAAGGUCGACUGGGACUCGCAAGCCACCUGGCAGCGUGUUAUCGCGGCUAUCCUCGCUACUGGCGUCAAGGUCGAUCUCAAGCAAACCGCCAUGUACUUCGGCACCACGUACGACACGCUCGAGAACCGCUUCCGCAAGAUCAAGAAGGAGUCCGCCGUCCUCAAGGAAGAAGUCGAGCGUGGCGAGCGCGGCGAAAUCGCGCCCUCGCGUACCAAGUCCAAUCCAUCGACACCGCGCAAAGCCACUCCGAAGAAGGCAGCCCUCAGCGCUGUCACCAACGGCCGCGUCGCCAAGAGCACCCCCAACAAGAACAACCGCAAAGGCAGCAUCAAGCGGGAGAUGUCCGACGAUGGCUUCGCCUCUGCGCUGGAUAGCUUCACCACCGGCGAAGACUUCUCCUUCACCAGCGAUGCGCACUCCGGCCUGAUCAGCUACGACCAGCUCAACGACGACGACGACUUCGGCAUCAAUGGCUUCGUCUGA